CAACUCUCAUUGUCAAAGGAGCUCCAGGGCCAGCCUUGUGCUCACAAGGUCAAGGCUCUCUGCCAGCACAAGCAGACUUCAGUUCUCUUACGCAAACCUCCUCGUCAUUUUUGAAUAUCAGUUGUGACUUCUUUGUCUGCUUUCCUGUCUUUUAGACGUGGAACCGCCUAGCAUAGACCGGUGCAGAUCCCCACCUCCGAUGCAGGUCUCGGAGAAGGAGCAUGCUGCAACCUGGGAUGAGCCUCAGUUCUCAGACAACUCAGGGGCUGUAUUGAUCAUCACCAGAAGCCAUACACCAGGAGACCUUUUCCCUCAUGGGGAGACUGUAGUGCAAUAUACAGCCACGGACCCCUCGGGCAAUAACAGAACAUGUGACAUCCACGUUGUCAUAAAAGGUUCUCCCUGUGAAGUUCCAUUCACACCAAUAAAUGGGGAUUUUAUAUGCACUAAAGAUAGUGCUGGAGUUAACUGCACAUUAAGUUGCUUGGAAGGCUAUGAUUUCACAGAAGGGUCUACUGAGAAUUAUUACUGUGCUUAUGAAGAUGGCAUAUGGAGGCCGCCAUAUUCCACUGAAUGGCCAGACUGUGCUAUAAAACGUUUUGCAAAUCAUGGGUUCAAGUCCUUUGAGAUGCUGUACAAAGCAACUCGUUGUGAUGAUACAGAUCUGUUGAAGAAGUUUUCUGAAGCAUUUGAGAUUACCCUGGGGAAAAUGGUCCCAUCAUUUUGUAGUGAUGCUGAUGACAUUGACUGCAGAUUGGAGGACCUGACCAAGAAAUAUUGCCUUGAAUAUAAUUAUGACUAUGAAAAUGGCUUUGCAAUUGGGCCUGGUGGCUGGGGCGCGGCUAAUAGGUUGGAUUACUCUUAUGAUGAUUUCUUGGACUCCGUGCAAGAAACACCCUCAGGUGCCAGCAAAGCCAGAUCUUCACGAAUGAAAAGAAGCGCCCCGUUAUCUAACCACAAAAUUAAGUUAAUUUUUAACAUCACAGCUAGUGUGCCAUUACCCAGUGAAAGAAAUGAUACCCUUGAACUGGAAAAUCAGCAACGACUCAUUAUGACUUUGGAAACCAUUACAAAUCAACUGAAAAGGAUCCUCAAUGAGGAGCCCAUGUAUUCCUUUCAGCUUGAAACUGACAUGCUUGUAGCCGAGAGCAAUUCGUUGGAGACUGAAAAGGCUUUCCUUUUCUGCAGACCAGGCUCAGUGCUGAGAGGGCGGAUGUGUGUCAAUUGCCCUUUGGGAACCUAUUAUUCCCUGAAGCAUUCUGUCUGUGAAAGCUGCUUCACGGGAUCCUAUCAAGAUGAAGAAGGGCAACUUGAGUGCAAACUCUGUCCAGCAGGGACUUACACUGAAUAUCCCCAUUCUAGAAGCAGCUCAGAAUGCAAAGCUCAGUGCAAACAAGGCACUUACUCAUCAAAUGGCCUUGAGACGUGUGAAUCGUGUCCACUGGGCAGCUACCAGCCAGCAUUUGGUUCCCGGAGCUGCCUCUCGUGUCCAGAAAACACUUCAACUGUGAAAAGAGGAGCCGUGGACAUAUCUGCUUGUGGAGUACCUUGUCCAGUAGGAGAAUUCUCUCGUUCUGGAUUAGCACCCUGUUACCCGUGUCCUCGAGACUACUACCAACCCAAUCCAGGGAAGUCCUUCUGCUUAUCUUGUCCCUUUUAUGGAACUACAGCCUCCUCCGGUGCCGGAUCGAUCACCGACUGCUCCAGUUUUAGUUCAACUUUCUCAGCAGCAGAGGAAAGUGUAGUGCCCCUUACUUCUCCUGGACAUAUCAAAAAGAACUAUGAAGUCAGCAGUCAGGUUUUCCAUGAAUGUUUUUUAAACCCUUGCCAUAAUAGUGGAACCUGCCAACAGCUUGGGCGUGGUUAUGUUUGUCUCUGUCCAUCUGGAUAUACAGGCUUAAAGUGUGAAACAGACAUUGAUGAAUGCAGCUCACUGCCAUGUCUCAACGGUGGAAUUUGUAAAGACCUAGUUGGGCAGUUCGUUUGUGAAUGCCCAUCUGGUUACACAGGUCAACUAUGUGAAGAAAAUAUAAAUGAGUGUAACUCUAGUCCUUGUCUAAAUAAAGGAACCUGCAUCGAUGGCUUAGAUGGCUAUCACUGCACCUGUGUGAAAGGAUACACAGGCCUGCACUGUGAAACAGAAGUCAAUGAAUGCCAGCCAAGCCCAUGCUUAAAUAAUGCCGUCUGUGAAGAUCAGGUCGGGGGAUUCUUGUGCAAAUGCCCUCCUGGGUUUUUGGGUACCCGAUGUGAAAAAAACAUGGAUGAGUGUCUCAGCCAACCGUGCAAAAAUGGAGCUACCUGUAAAGACGGUGCCAGUAGCUUCAGGUGCCAAUGUGCAACAGGCUUCACGGGGCCAUUCUGUGAAUUAAACAUCAAUGAAUGUCAUUCUAACCCAUGUAGAAAUCAGGCCACCUGUGUGGAUGAAUUAAACUCAUACAGUUGUAAAUGUCGGCCAGGAUUUUCAGGCAGCAGGUGUGAAAUAGACCAGUCUUCAGGUUUUAACCUGGAUUUUGAAGUUUCGGGGAUCUAUGGCUACGCCAUGCUAGAUGGGGUGCUUCCACCUCUCCAUGCUGUAACCUGCACCUUCUGGAUGAAAUCCUCUGACACCACUAACUAUGGGACACCGAUCUCCUAUGCAGUUGAGAAUGGCAGUGACAACACCUUCCUCCUGACCGAUUAUAAUGGCUGGGUUCUUUAUGUGAAUGGCAAGGAAAAGAUAACAGACUGUCCCUCUGUGAAUGAUGGAAGUUGGCAUCAUAUUGCAAUCACUUGGACAAGUGCUAAUGGAGCCUGGAAAGUCUAUAUCGAUGGGAAAUUAUCUGACGGUGGUGUGGGCCUCUCUGUUGGUUCAGCCAUACCUGGUGGUGGUGCAUUAGUGCUUGGGCAAGAGCAAGACAAAAAAGGAGAGGGAUUCAACCCAGCUGAGUCUUUUGUGGGCUCCAUAAGCCAGCUGAACCUCUGGGACUAUGUCCUGUCUCCACAGCAGGUGAAGUCACUGGCAACCUCAUGCCCAGAGGAACUCCGUAAAGGAAAUGUGUUAGCCUGGGCUGAUUUCCUGUCUGGAAUUGUGGGGAAAGUGAAGAUCGAUUCCAAGAGCAUAUUCUGUUCUGAUUGUCCAUCUUUAGAAGGAACGGUACCUCAUCUGCGAACUGUAUCAACAGACUUAAAGCCAGGCUCCAAAAUCAGUCUGUUCUGUGAUCCAGGCUUCCAGAUGGUCGGGAACCCUGUGCAGUACUGUCUGAAUCAAGGACAAUGGACACAGCCACUCCCCCACUGUGAACGCAUUAGCUGUGGGGUGCCACCCCCGUUGGAGAAUGGCUUUUAUUCAGCCGAGGACUUCCAUGCUGGCAGCACAGUGACCUACCAGUGCAACAAUGGCUACUAUUUGUUGGGUGAUUCGAGGAUGUUCUGUACAGAUAAUGGGAGCUGGAAUGGCAUUUCACCAUCAUGCCUCGAUGUCGAUGAAUGUGCAGUUGGGUCAGAUUGCAGUGAGUUUGCUUCCUGCCUGAAUACAAACGGAUCCUACAUUUGCUCCUGUAUCCCACCCUACACAGGAGAUGGCAAAAACUGUGCAGAACCUAUAAAAUGUAAGGCUCCGGGAGAUCCAGAAAAUGGCCACUCUUAUGGUGAGACUUAUACAGUGGGCGCCGAAGUCACAUUCUCGUGUGAGGAAGGAUAUCAGCUGAUGGGAGUGACCAAAAUCACAUGUCUGGGCUCUGGAGAAUGGAGUCAUCUGAUACCAUAUUGUGAAGCUGUUUCCUGUGGUGUACCAGCUAUUCCAGAAAACGGAGGCUUUGAUGGCUCAGCAUUUACCUAUGGCAGUAAAGUAACAUAUCAGUGUAAUAAAGGAUAUACUCUGGAUGGUGCUAGAGAAUCAUCCUGUCUUGCUAGCGGUUCUUGGAGUCAUUCUCUUCCUGUGUGUGAACUGGUCAAGUGUUCUAGCCCCGAAAACAUAAAUAAUGGGAAAUAUAUUUUGAGCGGGCUUACCUACCUUUCUACUGCGUCAUAUUCGUGUGAGAGUGGAUACAGCUUACAGGGCCCUUCUGUCAUUGAAUGCUCGGCAUCAGGCAGCUGGGACAGAGCGCCACCUACCUGCCAUCUUGUCGUCUGUGGAGAGCCGCCGGCAAUCAAAGAUGCUGUCAUCACUGGGAGCAACUUCACUUUUGGGAACACUGUCACUUACACUUGCAAAGAAGGCUAUACCCUCGCUGGUCCUGACACCAUUGAAUGCCUGGCCAAUGGCAAGUGGAAUGGAAGUAACCAGCAGUGUUUGGCUGUCUCCUGCGAUGAGCCCCCCAACGUGGAACACGCCUCUCCAGAGACUGCCCAUCGGUUAUUUGGAGACAUUGCAUUCUACUAUUGCUCAGAUGGUUACAGCCUGGCAGACAAUUCCCAGCUCCUUUGCAAUGCCCAGGGCAAGUGGGUUCCCCCAGAAGGUCAGGCCAUGCCCCGUUGUAUAGCUCAUUUCUGUGAAAAACCUCCAUCUGUUUCCUAUAGCAUCUUGGAAUCUGUGAGCAAAGCAAAAUUUGCAGCAGGGUCAGUUGUGAGCUUUAAAUGCACAGAAGGUUUUGUACUGAACACCUCAGCAAAGAUUGAAUGUUUGAGAGGCGGGCAGUGGAGCCCUUCCCCCAUGUCCAUCCGGUGCAUCCCCGUGCGGUGUGGAGAGCCACCAAGCAUCCUGAAUGGCUAUGCAAGUGGAUCAAACUACAGUUUUGGAGCCAUUGUGGCUUACAGCUGCAACAGAGGGUUCUACAUCAAAGGGGAGAAGAAGAGCACCUGUGAAGCCACAGGACAGUGGAGUAGCCCCACACCCACAUGCCACCCUGUGUCUUGCAGUGAACCACCUAAGGUUGAGAAUGGCUUUCUGGAGCAUGCAACUGGCAGGAUCUUUGAGAGUGAAGCAAGAUACCGGUGUAAUCCAGGCUACAAAGCAGUUGGAAGUCCUGUAUUUGUUUGCCAAGCCAAUCGCCACUGGUACAGUGAAUCCCCUCUGUCAUGCAUCCCCCUCAACUGUGGAAAACCUCCCCCAAUCCAGAAUGGCUACAUGAAAGGAGAAAUUUUUGAAGUAGGGUCCAAGGUUCAGUUUUUCUGUAAUGAGGGUUAUGAGCUCAUUGGUGAUCAUUCUUGGACAUGCCUGAAAUCUGGCAAAUGGAAUAAGAAGCCAAACCAGAAGUGUGUGCCUUCCAGGUGCCCAGAGCCACCCCUCUUGGAAAACCAGCUUGUCCUGAAGGAAUUAGCUAGUGAAGUAGGAAUGGUGACAUUUUCUUGUAAAGAAGGACAUGCCCUUCAGGGCCCCCCUGUCCUGAAAUGCUUGCUAUCACAACAAUGGAAUGAUUCUUUUCCUGUUUGCAAGAUGGUUCUUUGCCUCCCACCUCCCCUAAUUCCCUUUGGUGUCCCCGCUCCCUCUUCCAGUCUUCAUUUUGGAAGUACUGUCGAGUAUUCUUGCGUGGAUGGAUUUUUCCUAAGAGGGAAUCCUACCACCUCCUGCCAAGCUGAUGGUACCUGGAGUUCCCCACUGCCAGAAUGUGUCCCAGUGGAAUGUCCCCAACCUGAGGAAAUUCUCAAUGGCAUCAUCGAUGUGCAAGGUCUUGCCUAUCUCAGCACAGCUCUCUAUACCUGCAAGCCAGGCUAUGAGUUGGUGGGAAAUACUACCACCCUUUGUGGAGAAAAUGGUCACUGGCUCGGAGGAAUACCCACCUGUAAACCCAUUGAGUGCCCAAAACCCAAGGAGAUUUUGAAUGGCAAAUUCUCUUAUACAGACCUACACUAUGGGCAAAGCGUUAUAUAUUCUUGUGACCGAGGCUUCAGGCUUCAAGGUCCCAAAGCCUUGACUUGUUUAGAGACAGGUGAUUGGGAUGUGGAUGUCCCAUCAUGCAGUGCGAUCCACUGUAAUCCCCCACAAGCCAUUGAAAAUGGUUUUGUAGAGGGUGCAGAUUAUAGCUUCGGUGCCAUGAUCAUCUACAGCUGCUUUCCUGGGUUCCAUGUAGCUGGUCAUGCCAUGCAGACCUGUGAAGAGUCAGGAUGGUCAGGCUCUAUACCAACAUGUGUAACCAUAGACUGUGGUCUCCCUCCUCAUAUUGAUUUUGGAGACUGUACUAAGGUCAAAGGUAGUCAAGGAUAUUUUGACCAAGAAGAGGACUUGAUGGAAGUUCCAUAUCGGACUCCUCUCCCUCCUCAUCACCUGGGAGCAGUGACUAAAUCCUGGGAAAACACAAAGGGAUCUCCUACUACACAUUUAGCACACUUUCCACAUGGCACCAUGGUUUCAUACACCUGUAAUCCAGGAUAUGAACUUUUGGGGAACCCUAUACUGAUCUGCCAGGAAGAUGGAACGUGGAAUGGCAGUGCACCUUCCUGUAUUUCAGUUGAAUGUGACUUGCCUGUUGCUCCUGAAAAUGGCUUUUUGCAUUUUACAGAGACUACCAUGGGCAGUGCUAUACAGUAUAGCUGCAAACCUGGGCACAUUCUGGUGGGCUCUGACAUAAGACUUUGUCUACAGAAUAGAGAGUGGAGUGGUGCUUCCCCAACCUGUGAGGCCAUUUCAUGCAAAAAACCAAAUCCAGUUAUGAAUGGCUCUGUCAAAGGAAGCAACUACACCUACCUGAGUGUGGUGUUCUAUGAGUGUAAUCCUGGGUAUGUGUUGAAUGGCAACGAGAGGAGAACAUGCCAACAAAAUAAAAAUUGGGAUGGGAAUGAGCCGAUCUGCAUCCCUGUGGACUGUGGUUCACCUCCGGUUUCAGCCAACGGCCAGGUGAAAGGAGAUGAAUAUACAUUUCAAAAAGAGGUUGAGUAUACUUGCAAUGUAGGGUUCUUACUCGAGGGUGCCAGGAGUCGUGUUUGUCUUGCCGAUGGAAAUUGGAGUGGAACCACUCCCCUCUGUGUGCCUGUCAGAUGUGCUACCCCACCGCAGUUGACAAAUGGAGUGAUGGAUGGCUUGGACUAUGGCUUUGGGAAGGAAGUGGUGUUCCACUGUCAGGAGGGCUACGUGUUGCAUGGUGCUCCAAGACUCACCUGUCAGUCAGAUGGCAACUGGGAUACAGAGUUUCCUUUCUGUAAGCCAGUCAACUGUGGCCCUCCUGAAGAUCUUCCCCAUGGCUUUUCUAAUGGCUUCUCCUUUUAUCACGGGGGGCAUAUACAGUAUCAGUGCUUUCCUGGUUAUAAGCUCCAUGGCAGUCCUUCAAGAAGGUGCCUUUCCAACGGCUCCUGGAGCGGCAGCCCACCUUCCUGCCUGCCUUGCAGGUGUUCCACACCAGUAAUUCAAAAUGGAGCUGUCAACGGGACAGAUUUUGGCUGUGGAAAGGCAACCCAGAUUCAGUGCUUCAAAGGCUUCAAGCUCCAUGGAGCUUCUGAAAUCACCUGUGAAGCCAAUGGCCAGUGGAGCUCUGUCUUCCCACACUGUGAACAUGCUUCUUGUGGUUCUCCCCCAACGAUACCAAAUGCAUUCAUCAGUGAGAGCGGCUCUUUGGAGGAAAAUGCGAUAACUUACAACUGCAGAUCCGGGUAUGUCAUCCAAGGGAGUUCAGAUCUGAUUUGUACCGAGAAGGGGACAUGGAGCCAGCCUUAUCCAGUCUGUGAGCCCCUGUCCUGUGGACCCCCCCCAUCUGUCGCCAAUGCAGUAGCAACUGGAGAGUCACACACCUAUGAAAGUAAAGUGAGACUCAGAUGUCUAGAAGGUUACGUGAUGCAUACAACUGUAGACACAUUCACCUGUCAGAAAGACGGUCAUUGGUUUCCUGAGACAAUCUCCUGCAGUCCUAAAAAAUGUCCUUUGCCAGCAAAUAUAACACGUAUACGUGUUCACGGGGAUGAUUUCAGUGUGAAUAAGCAAGUUUCUGUGUCCUGUGAAGAAGGGUAUAUCUAUGAGGGAGUUAACAUAUCAACAUGUCAGCUUGAUGGCACCUGGGAGCCACCGUUUUCUGAUGAAUCCUGCAGUCCAGUUUCUUGUGGGAAACCUGAAAGUCCAGAACAUGGGUUCGUGUUUGGCAGUAAAUUUACUUUUGAAAGCACAGUUAUUUAUCAGUGUGAACCUGGCUAUGAAUUAGAGGGGAACAAGGAACGUGUUUGUCAGAAGAACAGAAUGUGGAGUGGAGAGGUAGCAGUGUGCAAAAAGACCAGGUGUGAAGCUCCUCUUGGGUUUCUGAACGGGAAAGCCAAAGUCGAAAACACUGCUGCUGGACCCAGUGUGGUAUAUUCCUGUAACAGAGGGUACAGCCUUGAAGGAGCACCUGAGGCAUACUGCACUGAAAACGGAGCUUGGAGCCACCCAGUUCCUUUCUGCAAACCAAAUCCAUGCCCUGUUCCUUUUGUGAUUCCUGAGAAUGCUCUGCUUUCUGAAAAGGAGUUUUACGUUGAUCAGAACGUGUCCAUCAAGUGUAGGGAAGGCUUCCUGCUCCAAGGCCGGGGCGUCAUUACCUGUAACCCCGACGAGACGUGGACACUGACAAGUGCCAAAUGUGAAAGUAAGUAAAUGGAGGUGGAAGCCAUUUCAUCUCAUGAGUGCAGAAUGUUUUCUCAUCCUUGUGAGAUUAUUUUGAAUCAAGUGACUUAAAUGUAGGUAUUUAGGUCUCUGUGUUAUCGUGGUUAUCAGCUUCUGUGUUGACAAUUUUUAAAAUUAAAAAAAAAAAAGAUCUUUGCAUUCCAAACAUAAAAAGGAAACCAUCUUUCCAGAAGUAGGCUAAAACCUACCUGACCAGAAUUCACUGAAGAGAUUUUCAAAACCUGCUCUUCUAGGAAUGAGCAAAAUAUUAAAUCUAAAAUACAUAUUUUUUUCUGAGGUACCUGUCUGGCUCAGUGGGUAGAGCAUGCAGCUCCUGAUCUCAGGGUCCUAACGUCAAGCCCCACACCGCGCAUAGAGAUUCCUUAAAAAAAUAAAACAAGGCGCGCCUGGGUGGCUCAGUCGGUUACGUGUCUGACUCUUGAUCUUGGCUCAGGUCUUGAUCUCAGGACUGUAAGUUCAGGCCUCAUGUUGGCUUCUAUGCUGGCCAUGAAGCCUACCUUAAAAUAAGUAAGUAAGUAAGUAAGUAAGUAAGUAAGUAAGUAAAUAAAUAAAUAAAUAAAAUAACAUAUUUUCCCCAUAUUCUGAGAGUCCCCAGUCUAUAGGCUGUGGAUGCUUUACAAUACAAAAAUGAUUCCACAUUGAUUCUCAAACUUGAACCACCUAGAGGGCUUGUUUAAAACAGAUUUCUGGGGGCGCCUGGGUGGCGCAGUCGGUUAAGCGUCCGACUUCAGCCAGGUCACGAUCUCGCGGUCCGUGAGUUCGAGCCCCGCGUUGGGCUCUGGGCUGAUGGCUCGGAGCCUGGAGCCUGUUUCCGAUUCUGUGUCUCCCUCUCUCUCUGCCCCUCCCCCGUUCAUGC